GACACUAGAGACGCGAUGAUCUAGCCAAUUACGUCCAUUUAUUUUCUUAAAACUAAAAUUUACAAAAUUUAAUUUUUUAAUACCUUUUUGUGUGUCUCCCUAACAUUAUUUUCGUGACCACAUGACGCGCCAAAAUGAAAAUCCGAAUGAAAAGAUUUCAUUCGCGACUUAUAACAAAGGCAUUCCCGUGCUUAAGAUGUGGCGCCAAAACUGUGACGUUUCUGUUCUGGGCGACUCUUUACGUGAUCGUGAUGAAGAUGACGAUAUUGAAGAGCAGUGGGAACACUGCGGUGAAGGAUUGGUCUGUACCUGACAAUUACACCAAGUGGCUGAUGCAGGGUCCAGUUUUAGGCGAGGAUGAAGAACCAGCCUCCUCUAAUAACGACUGGCUCGAGCCAGACAAUGCAACCAUAACUGAAUUAGAACAGAGAGUCGCUAAAGUGCAGGAAGUUUGUCAUUCCCAGUCUCUUCCCACACAGAUUAUUAACAGCAAGGAAUUCUUUGUUGAUCAUGCUCACAAUAUUGUAUGGUGUAAUAUAUUUAAAGCCGCUAGUACUUCGUGGUUAUAUAAUUUUAAUAUAUUAGGUGGUUAUGACAAGAAGUUUUUGGCUCGUACACGCCAUACGCCGCUGAUGCUGGCGCGAAAAAAAUAUCCAAGACCCAGUGAAGAGGAAUUAAAGGAUGCUGUGAAUACGCCCGGCGUAGUGUCUCUCUUGGUCGUACGCGAGCCGUUCGUACGCCUACUCUCCGCCUACAGGGACAAACUUGAGAAUAUAACCCCACCGUACUAUAGGAAACUUGCAAGAGCCAUUGUCGCAGCACACCGGGAAGCGGCGACUAAGGUUUUGGGAACAAUAAAAUCCUUCGGCCCUACGUUUUACGAGUUCGUAGCUUACUUAAUAAAGAAACAUGCUUCUGGGGACGUCACUCUGGAUGAACAUUGGGCGCCAUAUUAUAAAUUUUGCACACCGUGUGCAGCUAACUUCACAGUGAUAGCCAAAGUUGAAACUUUAUCGAGAGACUCCGCUUACGUCGUACACCAGUUGGGGCUCGGUCACAUAUUGGGCAGGAGAGUCACCAAUAGAAGAAUGCGUCUACGGACAGUUAUGAACAAGUCUCGCGAUGGAAAAAAUACUUCGGCUUUGUUAAAAUAUUAUUUUGGACAGCUAGACGAGGAAAUGUUAGAUAAGUUGUUGGAAAUAUAUGGAAUUGACUUUGAAAUGUUUGGUUAUAAAUCAGAUAUUUACCGACGUUAUGUAAGAAAAUAAAUUAUAUUUAAAUUUA